AUGUUGGUCGCGCAGAUAGGCUGGAUAUGCCGGGCUCUGGUUGUUCUCGCAAAUCUGUCUAUUGUGACCGGAAACUCUGCUGCCCAGAUCUCCACGCAAGCUCCUGAACGUGCGACGGCUCUUGAGAGGAUAUGCCCUACCAAAAGCGACUGGGAAGUUGAAGCAGAGCUGUUCCAGUACCCUAUCUGUCUCGAGACUCACUGGGGGAGAAGGGGACAAGAACUUCAUUUCGACCCAACAUCACCGGGUACUAUUAUUGGAAACAAUACCGUGGCGGCCGACUCUGUAACAGCAGCAGCAAGCUCUGCUGAGCCCGCUGCCACGCAGAGUUCAGAGCAGGAGCACGAUGCGGAUUCUCUUCUGGAUAGUGCGAGCUUCCUCUCCUUCGAGGAUUGGAAGAAACAAAAUCUGGCCAAGGUUGGACAAUCGGCUGAUAAUGUUGGAGGGAGUCGACGGUCGGUGGCGGCUGGUAAAGAGAGCCGUCGACAACCGGGCAUUAAUAAUGCAUUGGACUCGCUAGGGGAUGAUGCAGAAAUUGAAUUGGAUUUUGGUGGGUUUGGCGCCGAGACACCUGAAGCCAGUCCCACGGCUUGGGGUACGCCGAUUUCAUCGCAGUAUCCUGACAAUACGAAUAAGGAUAUGAACCGUGAAGUCCAGGUGCAGGGUAUUCCGCAGGCGGAUGUCUCGCGGCGGAAGGAUGCUGGUACCACUUGCAAGGAACGGUUCAAUUAUGCAUCCUUUGAUUGUGCGGCUACGGUACUUAAGACGAAUUCUGAGUGCAAAGGCUCGUCGUCUGUCCUUGUCGAAAACAAGGAUAGUUACAUGUUGAAUGAGUGUCGUGCUCAGAACAAGUUUCUCAUCCUUGAACUUUGCGAUGAUAUCCUGGUUGAUACGGUGGUGCUGGCCAACUACGAGUUCUUCAGUUCGAUCUUCCACACUUUCCGCGUCAGUGUUUCGGAUCGCUAUCCCGCGAAGCCAGAUCAGUGGAAAGAACUGGGUGUCUAUGAAGCACGAAAUACCCGCGAGGUGCAGGCAUUUGCGGUCGAAAACUCGCUUAUCUGGGCUCGAUAUCUUCGCAUCGAAUUCCUGACCCACUAUGGCCAUGAGUUCUACUGCCCCGUCAGUCUGAUCCGUAUUCACGGAACGACAAUGAUGGAGGAAUAUAAGCACGAUGAAAGCCACGGUCUGCCCGAAGCCGAGAUUGAGCAGCCAAUGGAGACCAGCCAGCAAAUUGGUACAUCCGAAGCCGAGAAUGUCCAACCUGUGGUUGAAGAGAUACAACCUGAAGUCACCAAGGCACAGAUAUGCCUCAAUCCUCUUACAGAGAUUGAAGCUGUUCUGCUAGGACUCUCCAUUGAAAGAUGUGGCAUGGAUGAAAAGCCUCCCAUGCCACCAAAAUCAGCGGCCGCCUCUAGCACAGGUCAGACAAAUGUACAGUCUCAUAUGAACUCCACCGCUAUAUUCGGGGACAUUGUCCCUGCAACGAACUCCGGCUCUUCUACACCACACAAGGCUGCCGAAGAUACUCGCAAAUCGAGCGAAUCUGCAAAGGUUAUGGCGACAACCCCCGACGCACCAGUCGCAGCUGUCGAGCCGGCUCAGCAGAAUUCCACCACCGAAAACACGGGGAAAUCAACACCAAAUCCGAAGGAGGAAGAGCAGCAGCAGCAGCAGCAGCAAACCGUGCCUCCAGAGUCAACCAGACCUACGCAACCUCCCGCCCCAAACCCGACCACCCAAGAAUCUUUCUACAAAUCCGUUCACAAACGAUUGCAAAUGCUCGAAUCCAACUCCACCCUAUCCCUGCUUUAUAUUGAAGAACAAUCACGGAUCUUGCGUGACGCUUUCAAUAAAGUUGAAAAGCGGCAACUCGCAAAGACAUCUAAUUUCCUCGAGAACCUGAAUGUCACCGUCCUCAGCGAGCUCAAAGAAUUCCGCGAGCAAUACGACCACGUCUGGAAGUCUGUCGCCUUUGAGUUUGAACAUCAACGUGUUCGCUACCACCAGGAGGUACAAUCCCUCAGUGGCCAACUGGGCGUUCUGGCAGAAGAACUCGUUUUCCAGAAACGAGUUCUUGUGGUCCAGAGCGUCAUGGUUCUGUGCUGCUUCACCAUGGUCUUAUUCUCGCGCGGAUCAGUGAGCAACUACAUGGAAUUCCCGCGGGUUCAGCGGAUGGUCGCUCGAUCUUAUAGUCUACGAUCUUCAUCGCCCAUCUACGAGUCCCCAUCAGCCAGUCCUGGCUCCACGCGUCCUUCCUCGUGUCGCGAGAAUGCCAGUCACCAGCGGAACCUGUCGGAUACUUCCUCUUCCCACGGUAGCCCCGCUAGCCCCAAUGUGGCCUACGUCCCACCGACACCGACGUCUGACGUCGAGCGGGAGAUGGAGGAUGACAAGGCUGAUCACGAUCAUCCUCGAUCGCCUGACUCGAUGCCACUACCCACGCUCGGGACAGCGCAAUUCCGUUCCCAGAGCACCCCGCCCGUAUUGAAUGGCCAUACGCCAGACCUUGAUUUGGACGAAGAAGAAGAGAGCGGGAUAUUAUCGUCCGAGAUCCAGGCCCCGACACCAACAGACAAGGGCCCGCCUCAAACGUCAUAG